CAUAUUCCGGCUGUAGCUUGGUGUCCGUGGCAGAACAAUCUCCUUGCAACGGGUGGAGGGACUGCCGACCGCACCAUCAGAUUGUGGAACUGCACAACUGGAAUUUGUCUUAAAGAUACCACAACUAAUUCUCAGGUGUCAUCCAUUGUUUGGUCUGCACACUACAAAGAGUUCAUAUCAGGCCAUGGAUUCUCUAACAAUCAGCUGACCAUCUGGAAGUACCCAUCUAUGGCAAAGGUGGCUGACCUCACAGGUCACACAGGCAGAGUACUGGAGCUGUGUGUGUCUCCUGACGGCCAGAUGGUAGUGAGUGCAGCUGCCGACGAGACCAUCCGGAUGUGGAAAUGCUGGGCCAUGGACAAAAAGGACAAGAAACAGGCCGAUGCAAACAAAGGCCAUCCGAUAUCCAUGCUUGCUCAGACCAUUCGAUAAAUUGUAUGGUCAAGUCAGCCUUCCACCUCUUUCCUCUGUGUUUAUCUUUAUUAUUACUAUUAAUAUUAUUAUUAUUAUUAUUAUUAUUAUUAUUAUUAUUAUUAUUGAUAGGUCUAUCAUAGGGAUUUUUUUUUUACAUUCCUAAACAAUCACCUGAGUGGGUGUUGUUUGAAUUCCUCUUUGCAAAAUGUGAUUUUAUAAGAUUUUCUAAAACAUCAGGAAUGAAUGUACAGAAUCUCAUGUUAAUUACCAAAUCUAUAUCUCUUCAACUUUUAAAUGUGUUCAUGGCAGACAUGAUAUGAUUUUCUUCUCAGAUUUGAUUCUUGUAACUUUGGUUCAUUCUUUAAUAUUUUGUAUUAAAUGUGAAAUGAAUGUGACUUGCAUCUUUGUUAUAAGAACUGCUAGAUGUUUUGUAAUUGUCAGGGAUCUACCAUUUCUGCCUUACCUAUGGUAGACUUUUUAUGUAUUGGAAGUUCUCCAUCCAUAAGAUAUGUAAUAUUUAGAUACCAAUGACUUUAUUCGUCGAAAUGGAGAUGGUAGAAGUCUCAAAACUGCAUAAUUUCUUCUUGCAGCUGUAAAUAUACUUGUCUAUUACCUAUAUAAUUUAUAAGCUUUAACAGGAAUAAAUUUUCAGUGAUUUAUGUGUGUCUGGUUUAUGUAUCACUAUUGGAUAUUUUGUAUAGAUAUAGUGUAGAAUCAAUUGCACAGAUUAUAGUACAUUGGUUGCCAGUACUUCCAAAACAGCCUCCUUUGUUUCUGUGCAUUAUGCCUUCUUAAUUUCUGUAGCACUAUUUUUUAUGGCUUGAAAUAAACAUCACUUUGUUUCAAUGUCUUUUACUUAUGUAUUGGGUUAUUUGAUUGAUAAGGUAACACUUUAAUAAGUAUACUCAUAUUCAUUCAAGACGUCAAAUGUAUACAUUUUUUUAGAUUAAAUAUAAUGACCCUUCAUACCAGGAGAGAAAAAAAGGCAACUAUCCAGGUAUAUUAAAAAAAAAGUCGAACACAGGGAAGAAUUGCAUUAUAAGUAUUUUUCUUGAAUGAGAGAAAAUGUAAAUGUCAUAUUCAAAUAUUGCCUAAAGUAUACAGAUAUGUUCUUUCCCACUGGCUUGGUAGAUUUGCAUUACAGUGUCAAGUAAAAUGUAUGUAAGAUUA